GAACGGAUUUCAGCUUCAAUUCUAGCCAUGGCUUGCCAUCUCAGAUCCGCAAGUGUUCCUUCCAGCCCUCGCUCCAAUAAAACCAACAUCGAAGAUAAGCUGCAAAUCCUGAAGGCGGAAAUCUCAGCACCUUCUGCGACCAUUGAAACAAUGAUCGAUGGUUUCAGAAGGCUUGUAGGCGUGUACAACAACAUUGAGGAGAUCAUGUGCUUGCCAAGCAGCCAAAUUACCCUUUGUCAGAAAAACCAAAGGAAAGCCGUGGAGCUCGAGCUCGAGCACUGUCUUGUGCUGCUCGACAUCUGCAACACCAUCCAAGAGAGCUUUUCUGAGCUCACGACAAGAACUCAGGAGAUGCAGUUGGUUCUUAAGAGAGGAGAUGACAAAGCUGUUCAAGCCAAGAUUCACUCUUACAUCCGUCUUACCAACAAGGCACAAAAACAGUUCAAGAAGUGUGCUUCAGCUGACCAAGAGAGCUGCAGGGUGGUUAUGCUGUUGGCCGAAGCAAGAGAGGCUGCUGUAUCAAUGCUUGAAUCAUCCUCUCAGAUCCUGUUAAAGCAAAUUGUGAAGCCACCUUCUGCUAAGUGGCCUCUUAUCUUCAAGACAUUCCAGAAGAAGCAAUUUACAUCUGAGGAGCAAUUACAGACAUUGGAGUUGGACAUUGUCAAUCUUGAGAGCGGUGUCAGGUCUUUGUUCAGGAGACUGAUACAGAGCAGAGUUUCUCUUCUGAAUGCUCUGAGCAUGUAGAUAGAUGAUACACCAAUUCUGCCUCCCCCCUGGGUGAGUGGCAUCUUUUAGAGAAU